CAAAAACAAAAACAAAAACACAAACCUUCUCUUUAGUACUACUCAAAGUAAAAAGAAAUAAAACAUGAUAAUGGAUUCUUCCCGGCAUGAUCAAAUCCACCAAAAUGACACCCCUUCUUCUCCUUCACCUGAGAUGUUCUCCUUCCCCGGUACACCAACUGACGAUCAUUCCGAAUUCGAGUUCGGCUCAUGCAUAACACCAGACUCUCCCACUUUAAACACCAGUACUGCCAAUGACAUGAUCACAAAAAACAACUCACUUGAUGACUUCUCUUCUACCUCCCCAGCUGAUCAAUUCUUCCUCAACGGCCGCCUCCUCCCGCACGAUUUCCCUGUCGUGCAGACGAAUACUAGCACACGGACGUCGUUCUCUGGGAGGGAAAACAUGCUGUCGAGGGGGACAAGCGCAGGCAGCAAUAAGAGUAGUAGCAAAGAUUACUCACUGCUGUCGUCGAGAAGUAACAGCACCAGUAGUAGCAGAGGGAGUACCUGCAGUACGUGCACUAGCAGUGCACGGACUAGCUCUAGUGAAGUUUUUGAUCAGAGACCUAAAUCUUAUCAUAAAAGGAUGCAUAGUGUAAAGGAGAGAAAUACUACAAAAUCUCCCUUGGGACAAUGUUAUAAGUAUGGUAGUUCAGGGUCGUCGCAGAGGUGGCAGUUCAUCACGGCAGUGCCCGUGUUGGGUCCUAGUCUGUCGCGGCGAGGAAAGAGAGAUAAUGGUGUGGGGACUGCUACCAGUCCGAGGAUGAUGAAGGAUGUAGGAAGUAAGAGGAAUCGUGGUGGUGGUAAUAAUAGUCAUGAAAGCUUUUUGUAUAAAAUUUUGAGGUCGGUUGUUGCGACUUGUAAAGCUUGUCAUGCUAUGGAGGGCCAGGAAAAAGAGUUUGAGUUGGAUGUAGAGGGUGAUGUGUUGGGACACUAAAAUGGUUUUGAUUCUAUGUUCUGCCUCUUUUUUUUUUUUUUCUUUUGGAGUUUUGGUUUUGGUGGGAAUAAUUUGUUAUGAUUAUGAGAAAUUUUGUACUCCAUAUAGUAUUAGAAGAAGUUUGCUUUAAGAAAUAAUUAUAUGAGGUUUGAUCAAGUACAUUGUUGAUGAUGUUAUUGUUUCAAUAUUGCUCAACCAUUAACACUAAUUAAAGACCUUAUUUUGGUGACAUAUCACAAAUUGGAUAUUUGUUGGUAUCUGAUAGAGUAUUAAACUAUUCCCGAGACUCCAAUCAUCAGUUUAAACUUUUGGUUGAGUUGGUCCUUUGACAUGGUAUCAGACUAAGUGCCGCAUACCCUAACACGCCACCUUCAUCACCAUGGCCGGUGAUGAUGAAACUGUUAAAACACCACCACCCUCUCCGCCGCCCAUCACCAUCUCUUCUACCCCUCCUUUCUUUCUCGGCCCUCAGGAUAGACCGGGUGAUUUUAUUACUCCCACUCGUCUCACGGCGGAUAAUUAUCAUCAAUGGGCGUCCCAUAUGCAAAUAGCUCUCGAAG